AUGGCUCGAGACCAGUACGAGUUGAACGAGGCCGACGACGGCAAAUUUGGCAUCUCAGAACAUGCGAACAGCAUCUCACUUGAGGAUGAGCCGCGCAAAAACUCAGUCGCGAGCUUCCGCACUCGCUUUAUUGAUAGCUUUCGACGAGAUCCCAAUGCAUAUUUUUCGCGGCCGGCAAAUGCGGACAGCGGGUUUGAUGCAGAGCAGGCUGCGGCCGCGACGGCCGCUUCGCCUCUCCGACGAGCGCUGAAGUCGAGGCAUCUGCAGAUGAUCGCAAUAGGAGGGUCUAUCGGAACUGGACUGUUUGUCGGCUCUGGCAGGGCGCUGGCCACUGGAGGACCGGCAUCCGUCGUGAUAUCCUUCUGCCUCGUCGGGAUAAUGUUGUACGCUACCAUCCACGCCCUUGGUGAACUCGCCGUGUGCUUCCCCGUUGCCGGAUCCUUCUCUCACUACUCUACUCGCUUCAUCGAUCCGGCCUGGGGUUUUGCCAUGGGAUGGAAUUACGCUAUCAUGUGGCUGACCCUGCUUCCACUCGAAAUUGUCUCUGCUGCGAUCACGGUCGGAUACUGGAAGUCGAGCGUGUCUCCUGCGGUCUGGGUCGCCAUAUUUUACCUCCUCAUUGUUUGCAUCAACAUGUUUGGAGUCAGAGGCUACGGUGAGGCGGAGUUUAUCUUCUCUAUCAUAAAGGUCGUUGCGGUUAUCGGCUUUAUAAUCCUUGGAAUCACGAUCAACUGCGGCGGUGGUCCGAAUGGAGAGUACAUCGGAGGAAAAUUCUGGAGGGAUCCCGGUGCGUUUAACAACGGAUUCAAGGGCCUCUGCAGCGUCUUUGUCACUGCAGCCUUUACUUUUGGCGGAGGAGAGCUGGUUGGUCUGGCUGCCGCAGAGACCAGCAACCCUCGCAAGUCAAUCCCGACAGCCGUCAAGCAGGUCUUCUGGCGUAUUGUGCUGUUCUACAUGGUCUCCAUGACGAUCGUCGGCCUGCUGGUGCCGUAUACCGAUGGGAGAUUGCUGAAUGGAAGCGCCAGCGCCGACGUCAAGGCCUCUCCCUUUGUCAUUGCCAUCCAGGACGCUGGCAUCAUUGGCCUUGACUCUGUCAUGAACGUGGUCAUCAUGAUCUCUGUCCUAUCAGUAGGCAACGCAGCGAUCUACGGCUCUUCGCGAACACUGGCUGCCUUGGCCGAGCAACGCCAGGCUCCUCGAUUCCUCUCCUAUAUCGACCGCAAGGGCCGGCCGCUGCUCGCCAUCGCCGCUGCUUCAACAUGCGGGCUGUUUGGGUUCCUGGCUGCGUCGGACAAGCAGCAGGAUGCCUUCACCUGGAUGUUGGCCAUCUCGGGCCUCUCGUCCGUCUUCACCUGGGGCUCCAUCUGCCUGGCCCAUAUCCGCUUCCGCCAGGGCCUCAAAGCCCAGGGCCACAGCGUCGACGACCUCCCCUUCCAGGCGCAGGGAGGCGUGAUCGGCUCCUGCAUCGGCUUCGCGAUCAACUGCAUCGUGCUUAUUGCUCAGUUCUGGACCGGGUUCGCACCCAUUGGCUACGCCGAGCUCUCCGCCGCCGGACGAGUCAAGAACUGGUUCUCGACUUACCUCGCUGCACCCGUUGUGAUAACAUUCUACAUCACCUACAAGCUAUGGCAUCGCACGUCGUUUGUCAGAGCCAAGGACAUGGACCUGGUAACCGGUCGCCGUGACCUCAACCUCGCCCAUCUGAUAGCGGAGGAGCGAGCCGAGAGACUGUCCUGGCCGACGUGGAAGAAGGUCUACAAGUUUUUCUGCUGA